UUAAUAAAAUAACAUUAAAUAAUGAAAAUAAGAUUUAGUAAAAAGAGAUUUUUAAUAUUUGUGAUUCAACAACAUUUCAACAUUAUUCAUUAGAAUUUAAAGCGGCCGAUUAAGCUAACCGGAGAUGGUGCAAAUUUUAAAUUGUAAAUUAUUAUCUUUCACGCCUCUCUUGGACAAUAAGAGGAUCACGCAAAACUAACAGAGUAUCAGAGGCUUAAAUUAAACUAUUUUUUUUAAUGAUUUUAUUCUUUCUUUUUUCCUCUUCAACAGUGGAGCUACAAAAAACAAAAAUAAUACUUGUUUUUUUUUAGCUGCACUUUUUGUGCUUCUUUUUUAUCUUCGCUCAUUCUCCUUCCAACAUUCGAUUGCAUAUAUAUCUUAUACUUAAAAUUUUUAUCAAUAGAUAUGCUGUUUCUUCGCAGUAUGCAUUUCAAUUACAUGCCAUAUCAUACGCGUUAAUAUUUUAGAUGCGUGAUGUUGAUAACUAUUAUUCCACAGCAAUCUCUAACGAGUACGAGUUACAUAUAUAUGUUGCCACACUGUUACAGUUUACAAAUGUUCAGUGCCUUCUUAUAUUUCCUCGAAGAUAGUCUUCUACUUAGAUUCAUUACAGAAUCAUAUCUUGAAAAAACAUUUAAUAAGGCUCCGAGAGAUCAGCAUAAUGUACAACGUACAAAAGAAAACUGCAAUGAUCACUGGGGCGGCUACUGGAAUAGGCUACAAGUACACCGAAAUAUUGCUUUGUAAUGGUGCAAAGAAGAUUGCUGUGGUCGAUUUGCCAACAUCGAACGGCCAGAAUGCGGCGGCUACCUUGGAGAACGAAUUUGGGAAGGGGCGUGCCAUCUUCAUUGCCUGCGACGUAUCAAAAACCGAUGACUUAAAGAAGGCAUUCCAGAAGAUCGUCGACGUGUUUGGAGGACUCGAUAUUCUUAUCAACAACGCUGGUGUUUGUAACGAAAAUCUCUGGGAACAAAUUAUCGAUGUUAAUGUUAAAGCGGUAAUUCGCGGCUCUCUGUUGGCGUUCGACCACAUGGGAAAGCACAAAGGCGGCAAGGGUGGCGUAGUCGUCAACAUCUCAUCCACGGCCGGAUUGGACCCAGCUCGUUUGCUUCCAAUGUAUUCCGCUUCGAAGCAUGCCAUUCUGGGAUUCAGCCAGUCUCUGGCGAAAAUGUACGACAAGACCGGAGUGCGAGUUGUUAUAAUGUGCCCGGGAAUUACACUGACAGCGUUGGUGGCAAAUAUCCAAGAUAAGGUAUCCGACUACUUUCGAGGUCUGAUGGACGUUGACGCUGAAAUGGAUUAUCCGAAACAAACAACCGACAAUGUAGCACUUGCAAUGUUAGAUCUAAUCCAGAAGGGUAAGAACGGAGCGGCUUGGGUCAGCGAAGGUGGUCAACCGCCAUACGCUGUGGACUUUCUUCAUUUUUCCAAGCGGUCUCUGCCUGUAUAAAGUUGAUAUUUGAUAACUUAUUAUACCUUAUCUCGUUUUUAAACAAUUUGCACGAUGAUUAACAAAUGUUACAUAAAUAUGUGUAAAAAAUUACAAAAUACUAUUUUAAAUAAACAGUACGUACGUUACAUUACAAUUGCAAUACAAAAUAAACUAUGCAUUGCAUUACAAUUGAA